UUCAAGCAGGCACUUCAGCCUUCAUUGACCUUUUGCCAGCCAUCAGUUUUUUGACAGCCGCUCCACGUCUCUCUCACACGUCGGAGCUACUAUCCACCACUACGACUACUACUUUGUCACAACUGUCGGCGCACGUUGACCCUACCGGUUAAUAAUUUACCGUCCGUCCAAGGAUUUUGUUCUACGUUGUAAUUUCUUUAUCCCAUUACCAAGAUAAUGCAGUCGACCAGCGUGCUAUGCUUUCUAUCGUUUGGUAUGCUCUGUGUUGCCCUGACCCACGUCGCCGGCGUUCCUUUCGGAUAUUACAGGCUAUUUGACAAAUCGCCAGCUCUUGCCGACGGAGAUUUGGAUCUAACCGGCGAUUUGCGGAAUCUGGGUUACGACAAUGGUCCAGCUGAUACACUGUCUGCGGAGAAACGCUUUUCCCUUGAAGACUAUCCAUAUGGUGUGAAGCGGAAUGUUGCCCGCUUGCCCAAGGUGGAUAUGGGAUUUGGGCGCGGACAUUCCGGUGCACGAUUGGCCAGUUACGGUGCCGCUCUCCUGGACACGGAAAGCCCAUCAGGUCCCGGACGGAGGCGCCGGUCAGCCGAAUAAUCGGCCUGCAAACCAAAGGAAGGAAAUGAACUGAGUGUGUCAUUCAAACCGUUUUUCCGACUGUUCCUACGCGCAGCUAAACUAAGACAAAGGAAAUUGAUCUGGACAUAAACUGUGAAAACUCAUUUCCCGUUGGCCUCAGUUGAUUGAAAAUACACCUGCACAGAAUUAUUUUUAUUGCCUAAUUUAUUUUCUCGCUAAAACUCUGCACACAAAUAACGUUUGCCAAUUUCGUUUGUACAAUUCUGCACAAUAUCUGUACUUUAUGCACACCGUGCUUUUGAUAGACAUUAUAUGCAAUGUUCCUAUUUAAGUCCCGCUGUGAAGUGAUAGGAUUUUAAUAUGCGUGUCGGCUAAAUAAAUGCAACGAAUUUUCUGGAACGGGGUUCUAUUUGCGGAAACAGCACACUGGGAUAAUGCCGGCAAAAAG